AUGCCCGUUGUCAUGGACCCGGCUUCACCCCUACUCACCGGCGACGAAAUUUUAAGAUUCCACGGGAGGUUCAAGGCAGUUGGACCAGCUCCCCGCACGUUCAGGCUCCCCAACGGCGGCACGCAACUUGCCAGCAAGGCGUUCGCCCGGUCGACUGGACUUUGGACUAACGGCAAGGCCGUGUUCCCCAUCCACAUGAGGCCUUCUGACUCAUCCAAUAGCCCACUCCGUAUAGGAAAAACUUACGUGAUAGAGGGACACGUUGCCGGGGCAAACUUCAUGGGAGUCCCAAACUUGAUUUGGACCGCCGGCGACGAGAGAGUUUCAAACCUCGAGACCCGGCUUCACGACUGGAGCCGGAUUUCCGUUUCCGGCCUCGGCACCAUCAUCGACGUCCGAGUUCAAAGUAGCCCGACAAUUACCCCUUCACCACUCGUGGAAGUCACGGUCGAACACAUUGGUGAAAUCCGCGCUGGAGGAAUAUUCUUGGUUCGUUGCCUGAUGGGAUCAAGGUACGCCCAGUUGCAACCAGGCAUGGAACUAUUGCCCGGAAGCCGCAUCGCGUACAAGGGCAUUUUGGAUGGAUUUGGUGGUGACCUGGGCUGCAUGGCAAUCAAAGUUUCAAAAGCAACAGUUGCUUACGACAACUCAAGCUUCAUCGGGAGCGAGAGGGGCUACAGUCCGCUGAACGACCUCUAUUGA